AUGUACCCUACUCGUGUUCUGAGGAUGCAGGCCUCUCGGCCUUUUGCUUUCCCUACUCCCAAGGAGAACCAGAGCGCUCACACCAUCUCUCAGCGUCUGCGGACCCUGAAGAGAGUUCCUCCGGAACUGAUUCCCCUCGGUAUUGUCCUUGGUGUUGCCGUCGGAGCUGCUAUCUACUCUAGCACCCGCAAGCUCAUGACCGACAAGACUCUGCGUCUCUACCGCAAUAAGCCCGAGGACCGCGAACACUAAGCAUGUACCAGCACAUUUGAUUGAUUUGCAAUGGACAUUUCGUUCUGUCUGUCCGUUUCGUUUGUUGAGGACCUGUAUUAUUCACAGACGUGAUUUGUCGCAGCAGAGAAAAAUUGAAGUCGAUUGUUUGAGCGUCGAAAGCGCGUGUAUAUAGUACGGCUUUGACCCAAGGGGGGCUCUGUUGGAGUAAUAUCGCAACUUUACUGUUGUCGGGCUUCCUGUGCAUUCAAAUUUCGCGGGGUAUCAUGUAAAAAAAACUCAUUCUGGCUUUGGGCCAGCGACAUCUAGCUCCUCUAAUCCCUGCAUGGGAUCAGGAGCCCCUUCGCUAACUGCUCUGGCCUCCGCUGCUGCCAUCUUAUC